AUGCGUGAAGCCGUUGAGCCCGUCGUCCCAUCAACCUGUUCAAUCCAUUGUCGCACGCUUCCCGAGAACGGUAUCGAAUUCGUGAUUGUGAACUGUCGCUUCAAUCAGAUUCGGAGAGGUGAUGCCCCGGUCCGUAUGAUAUUCGUGAAGGGAACAAACAACUAUAUUGUCUCCUGGAAAGGAUCACAGGCCCGUAGUUAUAUUCAGAUAUGGGAAGGUUUCCAGUUACUGCCUUGCCAUUGUAUCCGGAAGGUUGUUGUUGAGCUGAGCUGGUGGCGGUGGCGUAAAAACGAGCGAGAUGGUGGUCAAUGGCUGCCUUCAACUCCAACAGGUAUUCCAACUCUCAAACCAAACAUUGUAACUGAUGUGGUGUAUGUCUGGGAACUAAUGGAAGAUGGUGGAUUGAGAUGGAACAUUAGUCUGCUUAAAGAGUUAUUCUUUGAAGAGGACUACAAAGCCAUUUUGCAAAUCAGCUCAAUCAAUUCAACUAGAUCAGACCAGUGGUCUUGGGACAGAAAUGCCAAAGGAGAGUUUCGAGUGGCUAAGGCAUACUCCAAAUUUGUGGAAGGCAAGUUCAGAGCUCUUGACAUAGCUGAGGGCAGUGGCCAAGAAAUCAAAAGCAGGAAAACGAGAUUGAGGACCGAGCCCUUAUUUUUUCACUGUAAGAAGACCAAGCAGGUUUGGAAAUUGGCUCAUGUAUCUUGGGAUUUCAGCACUGAAACCACUACCAGCUUCAGAAUGUGGUGGGAGAAUUUGAUGAUUAACAAUGGAGAGAUGGAGGGAGUCUAG